GGAGAGUACACAGUCAUUGCUGGACAAGACAGAGCAGUAGCUGAACUCUUGAUCACAGAAGCUCCAGCAGAUUUUGUUCAACAUCUCCAAGACCAAACUGUUAUUGAGUUUGAGGAUGCUGUUUUCACUUGCCAGCUCUCAAAAGAGAAAGCAGCUGUGAAGUGGUACCGAAAUGGCCGGGAACUUAGAGAGAACAAAAAGUAUCAAUUUGAAAAAGAUGGAAGCCUCCACAGACUUAUUAUUAAAGACUGCAGACCAGAGGAUGAAUGUGAAUAUUCUUGUGGAGUAGACGAGAGAAAAUCAAGAGCAAGACUUUUUGUUGAAGAAAUCCCAAUUGAGAUUAUCCGACCACCUCUUGAUAUUUUUGAAGCUCCAGGCUCUGAUGUUAUCUUUGAGGCUGAGCUAAAUAAGGACAGAGUAGAGGUGAAAUGGCUCAGAAAUAACAUGAUCAUUGUCCAGGGAGACAAACAUCAAAUGAUGAGUGAAGGAAAGGUUCAUAGGCUACAAAUUUGUGAAAUUAGACCCCGUGAUCAGGGAGAAUACAGAUUUGUUGCUAAGGAUAAAGAUGCCAGA